AUGAUGAGCCAGCGACUGAUGCCGACGAUUAUAUUCCACAAACACUCGUCGAAAAUUCCCCUUUCGAAACCCGAGACAACAAGCACAAUGGCUCCUCCCGCUGCGAUCUCCCCCAUUCGCGACUACGCCGUCCCCGUGAUGGCCGGCAAGACCAAGUCCGCCUCCGUCGCCGUCAACACUUCCUCCGCCACCACCAAGGUGGAGGACAUGUUUGGCAAGUGGGACACCUUCACCUUUGCUCCCAUCCGCGAGUCCCAGGUCUCGCGCGCCAUGACGCGCCGCUACUUCUCCGACCUCGACACCUACGCCGAAUCGGACAUUGUCAUCGUCGGCGCCGGGUCCUGCGGCCUCAGCACGGCCUACGUCCUCGCUAAAGCCCGCCCGGACCUCAAGAUCGCCAUCGUCGAGGCCGGCGUCGCGCCGGGCGGCGGCGCCUGGCUGGGCGGCCAGCUCUUCUCCGCCAUGGUGAUGCGGAAGCCCGCCGAGGUGUUCUUGGACGAGGUCGGUGUGCCGUACGAGGACGAGGGCGACUUUGUCGUCGUCAAGCACGCUGCGCUCUUUACGAGCACGGUCAUGAGCAAGGUGUUGCAGUUUUCCAACGUGAAGCUGUUCAACGCCACCACGGUGGAGGACCUGAUUACCCGCAAGAACGAGGAUGGCAGUUUGCGGGUCGCGGGUGUGGUGACGAACUGGACGCUCGUGUCGAUGCAUCACGACGACCAGAGCUGCAUGGACCCCAACACCAUCAACGCGCCGCUCGUGGUGUCGACGACGGGCCACGACGGUCCGUUUGGUGCGUUUUGCGUCAAGAGGCUUGUGAGCAUGAAGCAGAUUGAGCAGUUGGGCGGUAUGCGGGGUUUGGACAUGCAGAGUGCCGAGGACGCGAUUGUCAAGGGGACGAGGGAGAUUGUGCCUGGGUUGAUUGUUGGCGGGAUGGAGUUGAGCGAGGUUGAUGGUGCCAACCGCAUGGGUCCGACUUUUGGUGCCAUGGCCCUUUCUGGUGUCAAGGCUGCCGAGGAGGCUCUUGCUAUCAUCGAUGCCCGCAAGAAGCAGAAUGAGCUCUGA